AUGAUUUCAUCGCUUUGACACAAAUCAUGGUGCUUAGCUUAGCUAAGCCACAGUACUCGUGUUUCUUCAGUUUUGCCGCCAUUUCAAAUGCUUACCCCGUACCAGAUCAACCAUUCUAGGGUUUCGCAUUUGGCGGGAAAGCAAAGAACGCAGCGAGACAGCAUGGUUUGGCAGAGAGAUUGAAGGAGAUAGAAUGGCGAACAGAUUAAUUAAUCAGAUGGGACUACCCAGAUCGAUUGCUAACAUUUUCGCUGCACGAAAUAUUAACACAGCCAAGGAAGCUUUAUCCUUAACUGAAUUUGAGUUGAUUGAGUUAUUGGACGUGGGAUUGUCGGAAGUUGCAUCUGCAGUUGCACUCAUUAGUGAAAUUGCUUCUCCUCCUUAUCAGACCGUGCUUUCUCUGAUGGAGCAAAGACUUCAAAACGAGCAUUUAGCUGGCCAUCUUUCCACAUGUUUAAAAGGUUUAGAUGAGGCCUUAUUUGGUGGAAUCCCAUUUGGUGUCUUGACAGAACUUGUUGGUCCAGCUGGAAUUGGCAAAACACAAUUUUGCUUGAAACUCUCUUUCUUAGCUGCUUUACCACCAAGCUACGGAGGUUUGGAUGGCCGUGUAAUAUAUAUUGAUGUAGAAUCUAAGUUUAGUUCCAGAAGGAUGAUUGAAAUUGGUAUGAGAAGCUUUCCUGAUGUAUUUCACAAGAAAGACAUGGCACAAGAGAUGGCUGGUAGGAUCCUUGUUUUGCGGCCAGCAUCACUUUCUGAAUUCACUGAGAGUUUGCACAAAAUCAAGGUUUCACUUCUUGAGCAAGAAGUAAAGCUAGUAAUCAUUGAUAGCAUGGCUGCUCUUAUUACUGGGGAAUAUGAGCAAGGGGCACCCAAACAGCAUUCAUUGGGUUGGCAUAUUUCGUUUAUCAAGUCAAUUGCUGAGUUUGCCCGAAUUCCAGUUGUCGUGACAAACCAAGUAAGAUCCCGAAAUAGGAAUGAGGUCUCCCAUUAUUCUUUUCAAGGAUGGAGCAGGAGUGAAACUCAUGAAUGUUCUCCAGGAUAUGAUUCUCAUCUUGUUGCUGCCUUGGGUGUUCAUUGGGCUCAUUCUGUGACAAUCCGUUUGGUGCUUGAAGCAAAAUCUGGUCAGAGGUUUAUAAAGCUUGCGAAGUCUCCCAUGUCUCCACCUCUAGCUUUCCCAUUCAUGAUAACCCCAUCUGGUAUUUCAUUGCUGAGCGACAAUGGAGAAGAACUGAGUGGAGCAGCAAUCAACGAGAUUCAUUGUCAAGGUUAAUAGUAUCAACGACACAGUGAUAUUAUCAGCAAUCACUUAGGAAAGCAUCAGUGACCUUGCCACCAAAUGCGAAUGGGACUGUUAGAAUCUCAGGCUGCUCAUGCAUAACGAGACUUAUGCUGAAUUGGUGGCUUGAAAUAGUGAAUUGAUUCCUAAUUAUUAUUUUCAUUCUAAUUUAUUAUUCGAUUUUAACAUUUGAAAUUACAGUGAAUUAUUUUUUCUAUUUCAUGAGAAUCCAUGAUUUAUUCUAUCAUUUUCUUUUUAUUCAGGACGUGUUUACAGGAUAGCUUAGAACUAACCAGCAGAAAUGGAAGAUGGAAGCGAUAUCCAAGCUGCAGAAGAUUUUUUUUGAGAGGAAUUGCCUACCUUAGUUUCUUUAGUGAUAACAAUUGGUGGAAAGUACAUGCAGGACUUUAGUUUCUUAGUGAUAAAAAUGUUUAGAAAGUACAGGUAGGACGUCAUUUUGGUUCAUUAAUAUGCUUGGACAAGGUUGCCAGGAAUUUGAUCGUCCUUCAACAAACAUCUAUUUGAAAAGACAAGCGGAUGCCCGCUAUCUGCUAGCAUUGUGGUUUGGCCCACCCUUUCUUUGAACCUAUGUAAUGGUGCGUCGUGACGUAUACCUAUAUCCAUUGAAGCUCUAUAGGUUAUGGAAUAUGUUCUGAAAAUUUUAAAUUAUGUCACUGAAAUUGUUGCCUUGGAAAUUUUAAUGCCGCACUGUCUUCUGAAUAUUAUCUGAUGGUGGAGGUCCCAACAUGGUCGUUAUUCUUAGGCCCCUGAAGAUGGUAACUACACAUUUGGAGAAUGAAUCUUGCAUUAUUUAGCAAAAACUAUGUUAAUGCAUCAAAUCCAUGUAGUGGACUAAAGUUGCAAAGAUUCCAAACACUAAUUUUGAAACUCUUGAAACACAAUCGCUAUCAAAACCACGGAAUUUGUGUUAUGUACUAAACAUGGAGAAUACAAAUUUCUUUGUGACUAAUAUAUUUUAUUGUCACCUGAGUGUUUCAUUCAUCUUCCCAAACUUUGAAGUACAGCAAGCCCAGGAAGGAGAAAAAACGAGAUAACCUGAAGGGUUUUGAAUCAAGGAAGAUGGCUUGAUGGAAGAUAGAGAGAGUUCUCCUGAACCUGUUUGUGGGCAUUUUUGCAAGUGGUUGGCUUAAAGAAAGUACUCUCCAUACUGCCAAAUUAAGGAAGGUGGUUUUGCUGAAACACUUUUCAUUUUAAAAUUGCUGAUAUGUUUUGCAAAUAAAUUAUGCUCUUUCUAGUAGAUUCUCCAUUCUUAUUAUUUAAUUGGUUGUAGAUGAUUUAACUAAUCCUAGCCACUUUGUAUAUAAUAUUUAAAAACCUGAUCUCGAUCCACCAAUUAUCUUUAACUUUGAAAAGUAAGGAAAUAAAUAAUGCUGCAACUUAUCGAAUCCUUCGACAGAGGAAAGGAAUAUUGACCUCCAAUUUGACACAAACCAAGAGCAAACUAAGGAACAGAAAAGAAACUAAAAAAACAAAAAUAAAAAUAAAACAAAGCAAAGCUGUAGAAACAUAGAACUUUGGAUGAAGCCAGCCAAUUAGAAACAGAUGUGUUGUCCUAAAUCCGGCUUGAAAAUUGUCCUUUACCAUGCAAAUAAAAUCCUGUUUUUGCCCUUCUUAGGUUUGUCUUUGUUGGUUGUCUAAUUCCCCACAUGUUUGUUGUAUAAGGUUAAGUUAUGGGCUGUCUCUCACUCACACUCUCUCUCUCUCUCUGAAACUUAUUGGCUCUCUUGACCAUAGUUUACUUUGAACAUAAUAUUGAAAAGAAAAUUAAAAGAUAAGAAAAUGUGCUUUAUAUGAUACGAUUCAUGUUGGGUGGAGUGACAAUGCCAUCAAAACCUUCAAAUUGAAGAAUGAAACACACCUAUUAAUCAAAGCCCUACCUGCUGUUUCCCUAUAUCAUUGCUUUUAAAAGACUAUUCACUUGGUGGCCAAAAAUAACACACACACACACAAAAUAAAUAAAGAAAUAAAGAAAUCUCUCAGAAUAAAAUCUUUUAGGAUCUGCUUCAAUGAGACUGAAUUUUGAAAAUGCUACAAAAGGACUGAGAGUGGGGUAAAAUUUUCAGCCAAUUACUUUCUUGUCCCACAUUCCUACCUACUAAAGAAGCUGAGUUUAUAACCUUAUCCUUUUGCUAGUCAUGAUUUUUUUUGGGUAAUAACCAAUAGAAGGUUAAAAAAAAAGGAGGGAGAAAAAGUAAUGAAUACAGAAAAGGAGUGGAAAGUAGAAACUGGGUUGCUUUUGUUUUAGCCCAAGUAGACAUAAAAGUACUUGAAAUCUUCCUCCAUUGGUUAAUUUAACAAGAAAGAAGGUUGUUUGGAGGUAUGGGAAGUCCCAACCAACAUUGACAUUUUCUUUUCUUAAACUUUUUUAAGGUUUCAUUCUCUUUUUCUGCCUUUAUUAUUAAUAAUAAUAAUAAUAAUUAUUAUUAUUAUUAUUAUUUCCCAUUUUAUAGGAUCCUAUUUGGACUGACUAUCCUCUCUCUCUCUCCAGCCGAUUGUGUGUUUUAUUUGACAUGUGAGUCAUUGGCCGCGCCAGCAAUUGAGGUAUUUUUAAAAUGCUUUUAGAUUAAAAUAGAAUUGCAAAUUGGUGUUUAGACUUAGUUAGCACUUUGAAUUUUUUAAUGAAUGUCUGAACAUGUUUAGCUUUUAAGUACAGAAAUGAUCCGAUGCUGUUUGUAAUAAAUUAAUGAAACAUUAUGCUCUCGUUACUCACUAAUACAUUGGACUUGGCUUUUUCUUUA